CUGCGCCAGGGCGCCCAUUCCGGAAGGGGCUGCCACCUGUGGCGGCGGUUUCUGUGCUGGUGCCCAGGGUAUCCUCCCUGCUGGAGCAGCGGAGUACGCGGCCGCAUCAUGGUCGAGGAGGUACAGAAACAUUCUGUGCACACACUUGUGUUCAGGUCUUUGAAGAGGACCCAUGACAUGUUUGUAGCUGAUAAUGGAAAACCUGUGCCUUUGGAUGAAGAUAGUCACAAACGAAAAAUGGCUAUCAAGCUGCGCAAUGAAUAUGGUCCUGUGUUGCACAUGCCUACGUCGAAAGAAAAUUUUAAAGACAAGGGCCCUCAGAAUGCCUCAGAUUCAUAUGGUCAUAAACAGUAUCCUGCCAAUCAAGGACAAGAAGUUGAAUAUCUGGUGACAGGUACACAUCCAUACCCACCAGGCCCAGGGGUUGCUUUGACAGCAGAUACUAAGAUCCAAAGAAUGCCAAGUGAAUCAGCUGCACAGUCCUUAGCUGUGGCGUUACCUGCUAAUCAGGCUAGGGUGGACGCAAAUCGCAGCACAGCUGCUGGAGGUGAAUACCGACAUCCUGGGGCCGCCGACCGCUCACAGCCUGCGGGCAUGACUGCUGUUAUGGAGGGUGGCAACGCCAAGAACUCUGCCCUGAUGGCUAAAAAAGCCCCUACCAUGCCGAAACCCCAGUGGCACCCGCCCUGGAAGCUCUACAGGGUGAUCAGCGGGCAUCUGGGCUGGGUCCGCUGCAUUGCUGUGGAACCUGGAAAUCAGUGGUUUGUUACUGGCUCUGCUGACAGAACUAUAAAGAUCUGGGACUUGGCUAGUGGCAAAUUGAAGCUGUCAUUAACUGGGCACAUCAGCACAGUGCGUGGUGUGAUAGUGAGCACCAGGAGCCCCUACCUGUUCUCCUGUGGAGAAGACAAACAAGUCAAAUGCUGGGAUCUUGAAUAUAAUAAGGUUAUAAGGCACUAUCAUGGACAUCUCAGUGCAGUGUAUGGUUUGGAUUUGCACCCAACAAUUGAUGUUCUGGUAACCUGUAGUCGAGAUUCAACUGCACGGAUUUGGGAUGUGAGAACAAAAGCCAGCGUACACACAUUAUCUGGACACACAAAUGCAGUUGCUACGGUGAGGUGUCAAGCAGCCGAACCACAAAUUAUUACUGGAAGCCAUGACACUACGAUACGAUUGUGGGAUUUGGUGGCUGGAAAAACAAGGGUCACGUUAACAAAUCACAAGAAAUCAGUCAGGGCUGUGGUUUUACAUCCAAGACAUUAUACAUUUGCAUCCGGUUCUCCAGAUAACAUAAAACAGUGGAAAUUCCCUGAUGGAAGUUUUAUUCAGAAUCUUUCUGGUCAUAAUGCUAUUAUUAAUACAUUGACGGUAAAUUCUGAUGGAGUCCUAGUGUCUGGAGCUGACAAUGGCACUAUGCAUCUUUGGGACUGGAGAACUGGCUACAACUUCCAGAGAGUUCAUGCAGCUGUGCAACCUGGGUCUUUGGAUAGUGAAUCAGGAAUAUUUGCUUGUGCUUUUGAUCAAUCUGAAAGUCGGUUGCUAACAGCGGAAGCUGAUAAAACCAUUAAAGUGUACAGAGAGGAUGAUACAGCGACGGAAGAGACACAUCCUGUCAGCUGGAAGCCAGAAAUUAUCAAGAGAAAGAGAUUUUAAUGUGGCAUUAUCUUCAUGGUGGUUCCAUUUUUUUUGGUUUGUUUUUUCUUAGCUUGGCACUGAUGACGCUCUCUGGUCAUUUUUAUGUUCUGGCUAGGAAUGUAAAGCAGAAAUGUACAUGCUGGAAUCAUUGCUGCUUCAUUUUACAAUGAACUCCCACCUGCAUUUUUAUUUCUAAAAUAAGCAAUUUGAGGUCUUAGGAUUAAGAUGCAGAUAUCAAGCAUAUGCAGCUUUGUUGAACGGAACUAUCUAAAGGUAGACUAUUUUGUCAAUUUUAUUAAAGGCCCUUUUUUAAAAAACGUAUGGAAUGACUUACUAUAUAAUAGAAUGUGUGAGAGAAACAGUAGUUUUGUUUUUUUUUUAAAUCCUUUAAAUAAUGUCUGUGAUGGCUAAUUUGGGAUUAAAGGAUUUGAAGUCUUAAUUUAACUAAUGUAUGUUUAUUCCACAAACACUUUUGGGGUGCAUGUUCUUCAGAGUUCUGUAAUAGAGUCUGUGUGAAGGAAAUAGACAAAUUGUCUAGAUAAUAAACAAGGUGUGUCUGUCCUCUGAGGAUUCCAUCUAGAGAUGCUAUAAUAGAGGUGCUCAGGAAGUACUCGGGUAGCGCAGAGGAAAAGAUCAUUCAUUUUCCAGGGAAGGCUUUGUAGCAUACAUUGGCAUUUGAGCUGAGCUUUGAGAGGGCAGGGAAGGAGAAGGGUAUUCUAAGAUGAGACAUAAAGUAAAUGAAAUCAGACGUGUGAAAUCAUGUGGUACAAUCUUGGAACAAAGAACUGUCCCUGCCGAUGCACAUUGAGUGUGGCUGUUUGGUGGUGGGGAAGGUUUUGAGUUUGGAUUUUAUUCCACAAGCAGUAGGAUAUCAAUAUGGAGAUAUCAAAAUUUGGGGGGAAUAAGAUAAAAUGGAUGUAUCUGAAGGUGUAGCAAGGACUGUAAUGUUUUGUGAGGAUUUAAAAGUGUCAUUUAAGUGCCGGAUAUCUGCACUUCCUUCUGGUAAACACAAGUUUAUACACUCGGGUCCUGGUUGCUCAUCAGUCAAGUGUUGUCAGACUUCACUUACUAGUUAGAAAAUGCAGUUAAGGAUCCAUUUCAAAGUAAAAAAUUGCACCUUAAACUUUGAAUAAGCAUUUCCAAAUUAUACCCCAUCUUGCAUGCUGUGGUGGGACUAUAAUUGUUACAAACUUUAAGAGUGUAAAUUCAGAUUAUGUUGAGAAUGUUUGAACUCUGGCUAACUCUUCUUCAGAUUAUGAAAUUGCUACGAAUAUGCCUACUAGGAAUAUCUAUCAAAUGUACAUAGCAAGUUCAUUGUACCUUUGUUCAUUAAUGAAUAAAACCAGCCCAGAUGUCCUUUCAAUAAGGGGUUGGUUUAAUAGAUUGUGGUACCUUCAUGUGAUUUAUUUCUGUUCACUGAGAGUGAGGAAUGUCUUUGGACUAGUAUAAGCAAAUUUUAAUGUAAAGUUGUACAAACAUUUUUUGUAAUAUAACCUGCUCUAAAAAAAAUGGAGAAGCCACACUACCCUGUUAUUUGUUUUGUGAGGGAGUGGAUUUAUGGAAAAAAUUCCAUGAUUGCCAUUACAUAUUUCUAUAAUAUUGGAAUUUUCUUAUAUAAGCAUGUAUUUUGUAAGCCUAAAUAAAAAAAAAAAAGCCCAUACACUUGCAUCCCUGAGAGAUUCUCAUGCACCUUGUAACUGACGAUAAAUCAGAGGUGAACACCCACACAGGCCAAGAAGAAACCACUCUUGCAAGGAAGGAUGAAAGUUUACCUCUAUUAACCUGGGUAGCAAAGUAUCAGCUAUUGUGUUAGUUAGGCAUAAAUACCAAAUUCUGAACAGCAUUUUUAAAAGUCCAUUUCCCUGCCUCAUGCUGUCCUAUGUUACAAUAUUCUUAAUCCUGUUGCCACACUCAUAAGCUAUAGAGGUGACUAUAAAUCGCCAAAUUAUUGUAAAUAAGCUGGCAGUGCAAAUUAUCUUUCAUUGCAAUUUGAUGUGCCUAUUUUUUCUCGUCUGUGUAUGUGUGCUUAUAUAGUUUUAUUGCAAACAGGUAUUUAGGCAGAAGCCUAAGGACUAAAUGUAUGUCUCCUCAUAAUUCAAAUAUGGAAGUCCUACUCCCUAAGGUGAUGGUAUUAGGAUAUGGAGGUGAUUAGGUCAUGAGGGUGGAGCCCUCUUGCAGGGUAUUAGUGUCUUUAUAGAAGAGACUGCAGAGAGCUCUCUGGGGAGGACACAGGAAGAAGAUGGUUAUCUGUGAACCAGAAGCAAGUUCUCAUCAGACACAGUCUUAUUUUAGACUUUGCCCAGCUGCCGGAACUGAGAAGCCAGUGUUUGCUGUUUACAUUACAGCAGCAUGAACUGAGUGAGGCAUUGUUUUCUAUAAAUGGCAUUUGGCUAUACAUACUGAGAUGUGCUGUGUAAGACUCAACCAUGUACUUCCAGAACUUGCCCCUGAUCUGUGUUUGUAUAUUAGUUCAUUGUUUUUAAUGAUGCUGUUCUACGGUGUGAGAAUAUUAUUAGUUUAGAUAUUUUACUACUAACAGAAAUAAUGUAAUUUUUCCAUCUUAAAUUUGUUAACUACAAACCAAUGUGAAAUCAAUUCCCUUGAUUUUAGUGCACAUCAUGAGUAUUUCUAUAAGGUAAUAGCAAUAUGAUUUCUGGGUCAACAUAGGUAGAACUCCACCCAUUUUCAUGUAUACAACCAAAUUACUCUGAAGUCUUCAACAAUUUACAUUGCUUUUCUGCUUUAAAGCCUUUGAAUCCAGUUAUUUCUGCUCUAAAAAGUUUAUGGUUAAGUUACAACAUAAAAAUUGUACUCAACCGCCCAAAGGAGAUUAUGUGGGACGUCCUUAAUAGCUAACAACAGAAGAAUCUGCUGGAAAAAUCUUAAAUGUAUAACAGUUUGAGGACAUUUGAAACAUUUUAGGAAAGAGCAAGAUUUAUUUUGGGGU